CGGCGACGGACUACGCGCGGCGAGCGAAACAUAGACCCUCGGACACGGGGGUCUCAAGUAGUGGCAGGCAGAGCCGUCCACAGUUAGGCGCGCACCGGUCUCCUUCCUUGAAUUGUAAAUAUUUCGUAACUUUAAGUGUCUUGUUUACUUGUUUUAUGUAGUAAUAUUAUGUUUAGAUUAAGAUGUUAUUAUUUAAUUAUUAUGUGCCAUGUUUUACUGUGAUUUAUGUACGUAUAAGUGUUAUGUUGUUUAAGUUUAAUGUGUACCUUAACAAUAAGUUAAGAUGUCUUAUAUUUGUAAGUAAUGUUGGAAAAUAAACAUAUUAUAUUGGGGUGGUUUUAUUUAUUCAAUGUUUAGGAUACCUAGAACUAAGUCGCCUGCAGCAUGCUUUGAAGGGCCUCGCCCCGCUGCUGCUAGUGGUGAAAAGGCGGCUUAGUUACAGGAAUAGGCGACCUGCUCUUCACCAUGGGACGUGAUGAGCAGGGUUAGGGAAUCCGGUGAGUACCACCACCCUAGGGUAAAACGCCGAGGGGUGUCAGCGCCAGAGAGCCAGGACACAACCUCGUGACCAUGAAUGGGUCAAAGGGUGGUUGGUACAUACGGAUCACAGCCAUGUGCUAAGUCUCCAAGGCCAAAGGUUAGGAUCACCACUUAGGCUUCCUAGAUUAGGUCUAGCCUAGAAAAUGGUGAUCCUACUAAGAGACUUAGCAUAGAAAACUAGGUAGGUUCUUAUGGGAAUAAUAUAUAACGUAAUGUAUACGUAUUAGAAACUAAUUAUAAUUAAAAUUGGAAUUGUAACUAGAAUAAAUACAUUGUAAUAUAAGAAAUAUAAGAAUUUACCUAUGUAUGACAAAUAAAACCGCCCACAACCGAGCGCUAGUGUUGUUUCAACGCGGGCCCACGACCCGCUCAAUAAAAGGCGGGCCGCGGCGCCCACACAGUCAGUCAUCAUCGAGCCUCCGUUGAAGCAACACGACGCGUCCGGACUGUUGGAACUAAGAAAUGCUCGUGUUUUAUUCCUGAAAUCCUGAUCCCGAGAAGGCGUAUCUGUGUGACUUCGUGCCAAGUUCUUCAGCGCACAGGCAGGGUGCGCGGGGUGCGGCGUAACCGGCGCUUUAACAUCUUUUUCGCGUCGCAUCAACUGGGGAGACUGUCCCCGCCGCCGACUAUUAUCUUCGGGUGGCGAUAACAGCUGGUCCUUCGAGCCGGAUCCUGCAAUCGAAGAACUUAACAUGCCAGUUACCAGGUCGCAAAAGAGCGUGCCGGUGCGGCCGCCGACGCGUCAGGAUGAAGAAGCACCCUCAUCGGCCACGGGGGGAGCGACGUCGGAAGAGGCGUCGUCCGCGACGGCGUCCACCGGUACAACGGGAACGGAAGAAACAUCAGCGACAACGUUGACGGAGACUACGGCCACCACGGAUACGACUGUGACAACGGCAGCGUCGCGUCAGAAAAAAGCGACUGCCAAGAAGGCGCCACACCAAACGCCGGAAGUCGGGGAGGAAGAGGCCACCUCGAAGAAGCCGGCGGGCGCAGGUCGUCGGCCAAGAAGCGUCAAGUCAACGAGUUCAGCAGCAAGGCGCCGCGAACUAGAAGCAAGGGAAGAACUCGCGCGUCUGGAGCUGGAAGCUGCCCAGGCGGCGACUAAACUAGCCCGCGUGCGCCUAGAACUCGCACAGUGUGAAGAUGACGACUCAGAUUUGGAAGUAGACAACGAAGAGAAGACCGCCCAGGUCCAGGAUUGGAUCCAGACCUCAGUCCUUAAGGACGGCGCCAGAGAAGAGGCGCGGCGGAAAAGCCCGGAACGACCGGCCAAGAAGGUGCAGCAAGUCACGGCCAAGGAAGAGGCCGCAUCGGGAAGCGCGUCGAUGGAGGUGCAGACGCUCGCCGCCGCCCUAAGGGACGCCUUCGGGAGGAGCGGCGCAGCAACAGCACCGCCGAAGUAUCUUCACGAACUACCGAUGUUCGACGGCAGCAGCAGCGAGUGGACGGCCUUCCGGGUUGUCUACGAAGAUACGGCGCCCCUAUUCAACGAGGCACAGAAUAUGGCGCGCCUACGACGCGCUAUACGAGGGGCAGCCCGGGACUCCAUCAAGAGUCUACUGUACUCCGAGGCGGCACCAGGUGACGUCAUCCUCGCGCUCAAGAGGAGAUUCGGCCGCCCGGAGGCGCUGGUGCUCGCGGAGUUAGAAAAAGUGCGUGCGUUACAACGAAUUAGUGAUAACCCGCGGGACAUAUGUGUGUUUGCGAGCCAAGUAAACAAUAGUGUUGCAGCAAUAAAAGGUCUGAAAAGGCCACAGUAUUUGUGCUCGCCCGAAAUGGUAAAACAGAUUGUUGACAAGUUGCCCACAGUGUUAAAGUUUCGAUGGUACGAUUACCAUGAAGGUGCGGACUGCAGUGAACUUUCCGACUUGACAAUGAUCAGUGAGUUCUUGAACAAAGAAGCGGACAAGUGCGGUGCGUUCGCCAAUAGUGAAAAUGUCAGUGUUCGCCGAGUGCAACGACAGUGCACAAACCACAUGGAUUGCAGUGAUAACCGAGUGCAACGUCAGUGCACAAACCACAUGGAUUGCAGUGAUAACAGGAACACGAAAAGGAACCAGGUAUGUCCACUUUGCAAUAACACUGAUAAUGAUCACGCGCUGCACGAGUGUCGCAACUUUCUAAAGAUGUCGGUCGAUGACCGCUGGGAAGCUGUCAAAAAGUCGAACAUAUGUUUCAAGUGUCUGAAAGACAGACAUAGAAAAAGCUCAUGCAGGAAGCCGCCGUGUCGAAUAUGUAAACGUUGGCAUCACAAGUUACUUCACAGUGAUAAUAAAGGUGCGCACGACGAGAAAGUCAAGGAAAUUUCAACUAACGUGGUCGCACCUGUGCACACUAUGUGCACUACACGCGCAUAUUUAAAGAUGAUUCCGGUUGAAAUAUAUGGGCGCACGGGUUCUAAAAAGAUAAUGGCUUUAUUAGAUGAAGGCUCUACCGUCUCACUGUUAGAUGCCGAGGUGGCGACAGAGAUAGGCGCUAACGGCGAAAAGGAGGAAUUAUUAAUAGAAACAGUAGGCGGUCGAUUAAUAAGGCAUUUAGAAUCUGAAAAAUUAAAUGUUAAAAUUCGAGGCGUUCACCAAAAUACGAAACGACUUCUAGAGCGCGUUAGAACCAUGGAUAAUUUAAAGCUGGCGCCGCAGUAUAUUGAUGAAAAUAGAAUUAGUGCAUGUAAACAUUUGAGCAAACUUGUACACGAAUUAUGUUAUACACCCGAGUCACCACGGCUCCUAAUUGGCCAAGACAAUUGGCACCUCAUAGUAACUCGAGAGGUCAGGCGAGGUCAGCCGGGUGAACCAGUGGCGUCGCGUACUAACCUAGGCUGGGUGCUACACGGAACCGACGCGGGCGCAGCACGCCCGGUAAACUUCAUUAACACGAUAUCACAUUUAGUUAAUAAAGAUGAAGAAAUGCACGAGACAAUUAAACGUCACUUCGAUAUAGAAUCAUUAGGCGUGACACCUAGGCGGCCUUCCACAGAUAUAGAGGCACAGGCCACUGACAUAUUGGAAAGUACGUGCACAAGACUAGAAGACGGGCGGUUUGAGGCCGGCCUAUUGUGGAAACGCGACGUCAAGUGUAUGCCGGAGAGUUACGCAUCUGCUUUUAAUAGAUUGAAAAAUGUAGAGCGCAAAUUAGAUAAAGAUAGUCAUUUAAAGAAAGAAUACUCUGCGCAAAUCGACCACCUCAUAACAAACGGUUACGCAGAAAAGGCGCCGACAUGCGCUGAUGAGAUAAAAAAUGAUAAGCAGUGGUACUUACCUCAUUUCGCGGUGACGCACCCGGUAAAAAAGAAAAUAAGAAUAGUUUUCGACGCAGCCGCCAGGUCGCGUGGCGUUAGCCUAAAUGAUGCAUUGUUGCCGGGCCCGGACUUAUUAAAAUCGUUAUUCGGUGUUUUAUUGAAAUUCAGACGCGGACCGUACGCUGUCGCGGCCGAUAUUAAGGAAAUGUUUUUACAAAUAAAAAUAAGGGAAAAGGACCGCGACAGUCUACGCUUCUUAUGGCGAGGCGACAAUAGAGAGGUAACGCCCACUCAAUAUAGAAUGACUUCGGUCAUAUUCGGGGCGACGUCGUCGCCAAGCACAGCGAUAUAUGUGAAAAACAAAAACGCAUUAGAACACGCUACAGAAUACCCCGCCGCGGCUGAGGCAAUAAUAAACAAUCAUUAUAUGGACGAUUAUUUGCACAGUUUUCAUUCAGAAACAGAGUUCAUAAGUGUGACGUCGCAAGUAAAUAUGAUACACAAGAAGGCUUGUUUUGAAUUGCGUGGGUGGGCGUCUAAUAAACCGGGGCUCCUGCAUGAGUUAAUCGACACGAACAGCGCUGUAAAAACGGAAGUGGACCUGGGUGAGAAGGAAGAGAAGACGCUGGGUCUGCGCUGGUUUACAACUUCCGACAAAUUGGGUUUCAGGGCUAACCUGCGCAACACACCGCAGGACAUAGCGUCGGGCAUACGCACGCCCACUAAGAGAGAAGUAACCAGCGCAGUAAUGUCGACUUUUGACCCAUUAGGAUUAGCGUCUCCUGUUUUAAUACAGGGAAAAAAACUACUACAAGACAUAUGGCGCAGCGGAGUGUCAUGGGACCAGCAGAUCGAGAAUCGAGAGGACGUUGCCUGGAGAAAGUACCUGCAAGACGUGAAGGUUCUACGAGACUUACAGAUUCCUAGGUGCCUGGCGCCACACUGCACAGAAGGGGAGCUGCAUACGUUCACAGAUGCAAGUGAGCAGGCGUAUGCAGCUGCAGUGUAUUGGCGGACCAGUACUGCAGACGGCAGAAACCACACGCGGCUGGUGGCAGCUAAAGUCAGAGUCACACCGUUGAAACCCGUGUCGGUACCGAGACUAGAACUGCAGGCGGCACUACUUGGGAGCAGGUUGGCGCGCUCGGUAGAAGAGGAACUAGAUUUGCAAGUCGAGCGAAAGGUCUACUGGACAGACUCCAGCGUUGUAUUGUCGUGGAUAAAGACGGACCCGCGGACGUUUAAGAUGUUCGUUGCUCAUCGGCUGGCUGAAAUUGAAGAAUCAACGCGCCCACAAGAAUGGCGCUGGGUGCCGACCGCACUUAACCCCGCCGACGACGCGACGCGCGACGUCCCCGAACACUUCAAUGCUAAUCACCGUUGGUUCACAGGUCCCGACUUCCUUGCCUAUAGCGAGGACAAAUGGCCGGCCAGGCGGUCAUUUAAGACCGAGCCGACCGGCGAAGAGAGAGCAGUCGACGCGGUAGCAACGGUGCAGAGCGUCGUGCACACAACACCCGACCCGGCGCGCUUCAGCGCCUGGACGCGCUUGCUGCGCGCGACAGCGCGCGUGCUGCAAUUCACGCAACUGUGCCGACGACGCGUGCAUGUGCACGCCUGCCACGACCCCGCCUGGCGCAAGGCGGGCCCGAAGCGGGCGCCUACCCGGGCGCCACCCACCGCACAGGCGCCUAGCACGCGCUUUGUGCCACUCGACGCAGAGCUGCUGCGACGGGCGGAGCUGCUACUGCUGGCGCGCAGCCAGCACGACAGCUUCGCAGACGACCUGCGCAACCUCCGGCUGCAGCAUCAGCUGGAGCGAGGCAGCCAGCUGCGUCGCCUUGACGUGGUGCUCGAGGACGGCGUCAUCAAGCUGCGCGGCCGCAUCGACGCUGUGCAAGGCGUCAGCCUUGCAUACAGGCGUCCACUGGUGCUCGACGGGCGCCACCAGGUGGCGCGCCUCAUCGUGGCGCAUUACCAUCACCGGUUCAAUCACGCGAAUCACGCCACGGUGAUGAACGAGCUAAGGCAACACUACUGGAUCCUCGGGCUACGGGCAGCGCUGCGUGCUGUGCAGCACCACUGCCAGUGGUGCAAGCUGCGGAGAGCGCAGCCACACGCGCUACCAACGGGCAACCUACCUGCGGAGAGGCUGGCGCAUGGGUGCCACCCUUUCACGUGCACCGGCGUCGAUUACUUCGGCCCCAUGGUGAUCACCGUGGGCCGACGUACCGAAAAACGAUGGGGCGCACUCUUCACGUGCCUCACCACAAGGGCCGUGCACAUGGAGCUGGUGUCAUCGCUGUCAACAGACAGCAUGAUCCUGGCGUUGCGACGCUUCGCGGCGCGACGCGGCAUGCCCCGCGUUAUCUAUAGUGAUAACGGCACCAACUUCGUGGGGGCCAACAAGGAGCUGCAAGACACGAUGGCUGCACUGCAGCCUGACAUCACCGACGAGGCCGCCAAGCUGGGUCUACAAUGGAAAUUCAUCCCACCUGGCGCUCCUCACAUGGGGGGAGCAUGGGAGCGUUUAGUGCGCUCGAUCAAGGCAGCGCUAGACGCCACGCUGAAGGAACGACAUCCCAAAGAGGAGGUCCUACUUACCCUCCUUUUGGAAGCAGAGCACGUCGUCAAUUCGCGGCCACUCACUCACUUGGCCGCGGAUUGGCAAGAAGAGGCGCUGACGCCAAACCAUUUCCUCAUCGGGCGCUCUUGUGGUGGAGCACGCAUCGGGAGCUUCACAGACAGCGAGCUAGUGGGACGCCACACCUGGCGUACUACGCAACGCCUUGCCGACCACUUUUGGCAAAGGUGGUUGCGGGAGUACCUACCCACGCUACUACCGAGGAAGAUCAGCGGGAGAGUCUGCGCUACAGAUCUGCGCGUGGGCGACGUAGUGCUCAUUGUCGACGGCACUCUUCCACGGUGCACUUGGCCGCGCGGCAAGGUCGCGGCCGUGUAUCCUGGUCCAGACGGCAGAACGCGCAUCGUGGACGUGACGACCAAGGGCGGCGUGCUACGACGGCCUGCUACGCGUCUGGUGGUGCUGGUGGAGGCGCCGGGAGAGUCGCCGAGCCAGGAGGACGGUGCUACGCACGAGGGGGAGACUGUCGGCGACGGACUACGCGCGGCGAGCGAAACAUAG